ACAAAUGUGUGCUUCAUCUGAAAAAUAAUAAUGCACAAUUGUCUAACCUACAUGUCUGUUUUAUGUAAAUUGAAAAGAUCAACAAUGGAAUUCAGUACUUUGUUACAUUCACAAACAUGGACCACAUUGACUCUUAUUCAAUAACUGAAGCUGUGUGAGUCAUUGAAGUUGUAAAGUACAGAUGGUUUCAUAUCCAGGAAACAAAGACCACUAAAAGACAGAAAUUAUUUUUGUUUGUAAUUAGCAGACAAAAUGUGGAGGACACAUCACAAUUUUUUUACUGUUCUUAUGGUAGGCAGAUAUAGAAGCCAUAUAAGAUUUGAAACAAUUAUAAGGAGUAUUGCAUCUGCAUGCUUUACACAGACAAGCAAUAGAGGUUUGACCUCACAGAGAAUAUGCACUACACAGGAAAACCCCAGUGGUUGUACCUCAAAGAAAGAAAGAUAUGUACCUGUCUAUAAAACUAUGCUGAAAUGUCACAUAAGAGAGAUGAGUACUGAGCCAAGGAAUUCUAAAAUUGAUUCUGUACUCCAAAAGAUAGUUGAAAGUCUGGAAAUCAAAGGUGAAGAAGUGACUCCUACUAACUACGCAGAGUUAAGGAAUAAACUGGUUCUGUUGGUGAAUUAUGGAUGUGACAUACAUCUUAUACCCAAGCAUAUUGACAUUUUUGAUUUAUCUAGCUCCGAAAUCCAAGAGCAGGGAGAAAGACUAAAGGCUGCAAAUAUGUCUAAUUUAACACCUGAUCUGUUUUUAACAAAGGAUGAAACUAUAGUAGUUUCAGGUACUAAGAAGCUUACAUUGGGUAAAAAAUCUUCUUCAAGAGACGAGAUAUUGAGGAAAAAACUGAAAUGUACAACUCAAACUGAAUGGCAUCAAAUUAAAAAGCACUUCCCGUAUAAAAACACCUUUAAUUGUACAUUGAUGCUCUUUGUUCAAGCUUGUGCUAAAGUUGACCUACUGUUGGAGUUCGGAUUGAGUACAACGGAGAUAAAAAACCAUCCACAAGUUCUAUCAAAGAAGAUUACUUCUAUUCAGCAGAGAAUUGAGUGGAUUAAAAAGACUUGUCCAUUUGUAAAUAACAGAACCAGACUUGAGCUACUGAAGUAUAAUUAUCGUCAGAUGGAAAUAAUUAAGAUGCAGCUUGAUAGAUAUUCUUGUAUUUGGUCAGGUUGUCAAACAAAACAGGAAGUUGUACAUCAACUUCAGGAAAUAGCCCAACACAUACAGCAGACUAAAAACUCUGUUCAACAGAUUCUUCAGGAAAUAGAAAACAUCGGCAAUGUUGAGUUGAAAGAAGAACAUAUCCAGUUAGUAUUGAAGGGAAAAAGACUUAAACAGCUGAAAGAAAAAUUGAUUUUUUUUCUACAACUUGGAAUUUCUAUUGAGGACAUUGUUGAAAAUAUAUUAUGUGUAGUCCCAAAACUUAAAGAUAUCCAAAAAACUGUAAAUAAUACAAAAGAGAGUAAUGUUCAUGAAGCUGUGUUAAUUCCACAGAUAAUGAAGAAGCAGAAUUCACCUGCUUUGACGGAAGUUGACUCUGACAUGCAUGAUUUAUCACCAGUUCCCAAAUUAAAAGACUCUUCAAUAGUCAAAUAUGGAAUUUCAGAGUUAAAAGAUGUUCUGCCACUGGCAGAUUUAGAAGAGUUACAAAAUAUUGUACCUGUGUCAAAGUGGAAGAGUAGUAUUAAAAUCAUUCAGUUUUUACUGAGUGAAGGGUACAGUGUUAAUGAUAUUAGAUGCAAUCCACAGAUUUUACAAAGAAGUAUGAAAAUGCUUACAGGACGUUUGGAUAAAGUCAGACAGGUUAGUUUAGAAGUACAGCCAUCUGUUGACCUAUUGACAGUUAAUCCUUAUAGAUUUAGGAGUUAUCUAAAGGAUUUAGAAAAAUAUAGAAGGUCCUUAGGAAAAUCAACAACAAAAACUGAGAAACUAAGUCAAUCAUUGGACUUAAACAAAUCUCAGACCAUGAUUUUGGAUCCUAUUCUUCAUUUGAAAUUAGACGAUUUGAAAGCUAGAAUAAACUAUCUGGAAGAAAUUGGAAUAAGUAAAGACAGCAUUGCAAAUGAUAUAUUUUGUCUAGGAAUUCCUGUGUCACGGUUAAAAGAAGUAGUCAAAGAAUUGAAAGAAGAUGGAAACAAAAAAAUAACAUUAAUGCAAAUCACAGAGCAUGCUGCUGGAGAUUUAGAAACAGGGAAUAAAAAUAAUGGAACAGCGUUCUUUAUAAGAGAUAAACUAGGGAUGUUAUCAAUAGGUCAAUGGGACAAGAUUCAGAUACAGUACUUAAAUUGUUCUACUGUAGAUGUAGAAAAAAAUUUCAAGCUUUUAAUUGAAAAUGGAUUUACAGCUGAGAUAAUGAAAACAUGUCCGUACAUUUUAGGACACUCCUGUGCAAUAUUAGAGGAAUAUCUGGGAAAAGUGGAACAAAUGCAGGCAUCAGACAUGUAUCAGGCCGUAUUGAGAGACAAAGUUAAACUGCUGAAUGUCUUACAGUAUAUGAUAGAACAAGACCAUAACUUUCAACCUGUUGUUAAUGAUAAAACACCGGUUACUAGGGAGGAAGCUGUAGAACUUUUGUACUUCAAAUAAUAAAAAAACCCUUACCAGAA